AUGCUCGACAUCACCGAUUUCAUUGCCUCUCGUGGCGGCGACCCCGAGAAGAUCCGACAAAGCCAAAAGAAGCGCAGCGCUCCCGUCGAAAUUGUCGACGAGAUCAUCGAGCUUUGGGAAGUUCACAGAACAACCCUCUACGAGGCUACGCAGAUUGGCGCCGAGAUCAAGACCGUCCAGGCCAGCAUCACCGCUAGGAAAAAGAAGGGCGAAGGCAUUGACGACCUGCUGAAGCAGAAAGAUGAGAUAACCCAGCGACGCGUCGCACAGGAGAAGGCCGCUGCCGACCUUCAGGUGAAGCUAGACGCUAAGCUCAAGACGGUCGGUAAUUAUGUUCACGACUCCGUGCCAGUCAGUACAACCGAAGACGACAAUGUUGUCCUUCGCACAUGGAAUCCAGAAAACCCCAAGUCUGGCGACAAUCUACUCAGUCACCAUCAAGUGCUCGCUCGACUCGAGGGCUACGACCCCGAACGCGGUACUAAGCUGGUUGGCCACCGCGGUUACUGUUUGACUGGCUGGGGUUUAUUCCUCAACCAAGCUCUCAUUAACUUCGGUCUGGAGUUCUUGUUCAAGAAGGGCUAUUCCCCCAAUCAGCCUCCCUUCUUCAUGGACCAAGCCUACAUGGCCAAGACCGCCCAGCUGUCCCAAUUCGACGAGGAGCUAUACAAGAUCACCGACAAAGAUGCCGAGCCCAAGUACCUGAUUGCCACUAGUGAACAACCACUAUCUGCCCUGCACUCGGAUGAAUGGCUCCAAACUAACGAUCUCCCGAUAAAAUAUGCCGGAUACAGCACCUGCUUCCGAAAGGAGGCUGGCAAGCAUGGUCAUGAUACAUGGGGUCUCUUCAGAAUACACCAGUUCGAGAAGAUCGAGCAGUUUGUUAUUUGUAACCCCGAGGACAGCUGGAAGCAUUACGAUGAGAUGAUCAAGAUUUCGGAGGAAUUUUAUCAAGCCCUCCAACUCCCCUACCGCGUCGUUUCCAUUGUGUCUUCGGCUUUGAAUAACGCAGCAUCCGCCAAAUUCGACCUCGAAGCCGUUUUUCCCUUUCAAAAAGAGUAUAAAGAGUUGGUCUCGUGCUCCAACUGCACCGACUACCAAACCCGUGAGUUGGGCAUUAGAUAUGGGCCAAAGAAGCAGAAAGGCACCCCCGACUCUGCGAAGAAGAUUUACACACACGCUUUGAACGCCACACUUUGUGCCACAGAGCGAACUCUCUGCUGUGUACUAGAAAACUAUCAGACUCCCGAUGGAUUUGCUGUUCCGGAAGUACUACGCAAAUAUCUUCCUGGGCAGCCCGAGUUCCUCCCAUAUACCAAGGAACUGGCUAAGGAAAUCCCGAUCAGGGGCAAGAAGGCUUGA